AUGCCCUUUCGUGAUCUUCAAAGGCGACAGAAUCAUCUCGCCGCCCUAUACUAUGCGACGGUGACCAUCAUCGAGAUCAAUAAUUUCAAACCUCACAACGCCAGUCUAGCUUCAUUUCUCGAAGCAAAUGACAUAACACAGGACCGUUCCUUCGAUCCAGCGACCCUUCCACCUACAGAUUCGCUAUUAGGUUAUCUCAAGGCGCAAACAACAGAUCCAAACCAAGCCUUGCGUGAACCCCAAGCAGUCUCGAAAUCCGUCUCGCAGGAACAGUCUGGGCCUCCAAGAGAUGGGAAUGCUGCGGCUCGUCCAGAAGAGCUGGACCGAGAGCCAGACCUGGUUUCUACGCAAUUGAAAAACACAGAGUCAUCACGAUGGGGUGAGGACGGAUUUACAUUUUCUGAAUCCUCAAUUCAAGGCUCAACGGGUCUAGGACCGCAGGAAAUUACAGCGACGAAACGUGCAGCUGGCGAACCUAGCAUUCGUCCAUCUGAAGCUCUACCCGUGGCGUCCGACGACGUCGGCUCCUUGGAUGCGAUAGCGAUCAAAAGCCUGACCACCGAACAAAGGUCCGCACAUCCUGCUGUUGUUCAUCUGCCGUCAAAAGAAGCUCAGGAGGAGCGUCUGGAGCACCCCGAUGAACGGGGAUCUCGUGAUGAAGAGCAGGGGCCAGUAUACGCAAGCAAAGGUCAUCUGAAUGUCAACGGACUUACACCGCCGGCUUCACGAGAAGAUACGGCUUCUCGGUCAAGAUAUGACCAAGCGCAGCCUACGGAUGAUGGCUCUGGGCAUGAUGCGAUCCUCAAGUCGCAGAUGGAUAUCGCUAGAGCGGAGACUUUUAGUGGGGCUCCUUCUACACCUGAUGAACAGCUACGGCUUGAAGAAGCCCGUUCAAUGCAACCCAAGGUUCCGGAGAGUACAUUUGGUGGGCAGGCCGAUGAUCUGAAAGACUCACACUCGAUGCCAGCGCCGUCUAGCCUACCUUCCCAAUUCAUAAAUGACAAUCUCGGCGAGGAAAGCACAAUACCUGACAUCUCAGAUGUGAGCAAUGAGAUGAGUUUGAAAGAAGAUGGCGUUUCUCGAGACCUGAGUGAGCAGAACGACACUUUGCCAAACCCCUCCUCAGCUCUACGGGAUCGCAUGUUCUCUGGAAUGAAUGGGGAGUCACUUAGGGAUCUUACCCUUAGCCGACGACCACCCAUGCGAAUCGAUACUGGAGUUCCGUCAACGUUCGAUUCUUCAAGUUCAAUGGCUGGGCCACGGACCGCACCCAUAAGUACGACAAAUGGUCCCACUCCUUUGGGGUCUGCAACGCCUAGCAAGACUGCAACGCCAGCAACGAGUAUCCAGUCGCCCCCGGAGCGGAUGACCACAAGAGUGUCUUCUGGAGCACUUCGACAUAAAUCUGUCUCUGAGAUUCUUGGUGAGACGCCUAAGGCUACCCCUGUUCAGGCUGAGAGAGCGGCCAUAGACCGAGCUUUAGUCGAAUCCCAUAGAGAAGAUCAUGGCUUUUUGCAGACCCCAAAAUCUGCAUCGUCGUUCACUUCCCCCGAUGCUGCGGUGUUCAAGCAGCGGCUUAGUGAAUUGAAAGACAAAGAAAGAAGUAAGCUGUCGACCGUGGUGUUUGCUAGUUCGAGGAAUACAGAAGUCACCCAAGCUCAACGGCUAGAUGAUAACGAGUCCCCUGUCAAGGACAGGGACUAUUUUUUGACAUUGUUUGCCGCUCAGGCUUGGAAUGUAAUAAGAGCGCAAUCUGUCAAUACACUAGUGAAAACGGCCCACAAGACCUUGAAUACGUCGGAUCACUAUACCGACUUCAAUGAGCGACAAGCUUGCGCUGUCUUGAAAAGGAUCCACGAGCUGCAAUCCAACAAUCGCUGGUCUUUUCGGCAAGUGGAGCGAUCUGCAGAGCCCAAGAGAUCAGUGACGCACUGGGACGUAUUGCUUGGUCAAAUGAAAUGGUUGAGGACAGACUUCCGUGAAGAAAGAAAAUGGAAGCACGCAGCUGCCAAACACACCGCAUAUGCCUGUGCAACAUGGGUCGCCACUUCCCCAGAGGAACGUAGACUACUACAAAUCAAAGUUCGAUCUGUGCCUGCAAGGGCAAUGUCAAGGUCACUCUCAGUAUCGACACCAGACCUGGUACACUCGGCGGAUGAUGGGGCCAGCGAGGUGACCGACGAUGACUUCUCCCGUGUGGAUGGUACUGCGGGAAGUCCUCCUGCAGUGAUCUUCUCUUUGCCCCCUGAAAUAUUUGUGUUUGGACUCAGCAAGAGCCCUGUGACUGAAAAGCUGAUGCUCGAACUCCCGCUAUACCGGCCGAGUACUUUGGUCCAGGACGCUGCAUUGCGGGUUAACGAUAUUGAGUCCGAUUCUGCUUGGAAGAAACCCAUCGUGCCGGUAUCUAAGUACGUGCAAGGCAAGAUGAUAUCUCCGGAGGAAGGCCCGCCGCGUAAAAGAAGUCGAUUUGAUUAUCAGGACCCCCCUGGUUCCCACAGCUACUCCUCUAAUCUGGCUAUCAAGGACUCGGAGAAUGCUUUUGGCCCAGAUCAAGAGGACGUCGCUUUGUUCGAUCCUGAAAACAAGCACAUCAGGGAUCGCAUACACGCUGGCCAUGCCUUCAGACCUCCAUCAGAACAUAACAUGCCAUCACAGAAUUUCUUUGAGUCCCGCCAAUCGUCUCAGUGGACCCAAGCAGAGGAUGACGAGCUUAAAAAAUUCGUCAAAGAUUUUGCCUAUAAUUGGUCGCUGAUUUCAAGCUGUUUAUCUUCGCCGUCAAUGUUUUCGUCUGGCGCUGAAAGACGAACACCGUGGGAAUGCUUCGAGCGUUGGAUUAGCUUGGAAGGUCUUCCUGUAGAGAUGGCCAAGAUCAACUACUUCCGAACGUACCAUCAUAGGUUGCAGUGUGCUCAGAAGAUGGUCGAGGCUCAGCACCAAGCAUUACAGCAGCAACAGGGCAAUAACGCCAAUCAGAUGCCGUUGAGACGUCGGACCACCCAGCCUUUCACCGUUGAACGUAGAAAGAACGCUAGGCACUUGCAUCUCAUUGAUGCAAUGCGGAAGCUGGCCAAGAAGCGCGAAACCGCGAUACACAAGCAACAACAUGUCGCUAGUCUUGCUGCAAUGCGAAAGGACAGGGAAGCUACGAAGCAGAGGCCCCAAAUGCACACUCCCCAGGAGUUCAGUCGCAUCAAGUAUGAAAGCCAACUCCGUAUGGCAGAGCAAGCUAAAUUACUCAGGGCCAACGCGAUUGCAAAUCAAAAGGCUAUACAGGCGCAGAAGAUUAACCAACAGUCUACUCAACAAAGCAAUGGGAUGCAGUCUGUACGUAUUCCAGGACCAGUGCCAGGAGUACCGAACGGAAGCAGUCCCAAUAUGGCAGCAGCGAAUUCGCAUGGACAGAUAAGAGGAAGCGGGGGCGAUUCCUCCAGACCAGUUCCGCAGAUACCAAGGCUUAUGAAUGGCCAAACGAACGGCGUUUUACCCACCAACUCACACAGCGUCCCUCACGCUCCUAUGCAGCCAAAUAUGCAGGCGCAAAUGCAACAACGCGUGCCACCAAUGGCACCCGACCGCAUGAUUCAUGAAGCUUCUCGACUCCGAGAACAGCAAGCAUACGUGCGACAGCAGCAGCAACAGCAACAUGCUCAAUCGAACAGCUUAGCCGGCUCUCCGCCCCUGCAACAUCCGAACAUGCUCUCGCAGAACAAUUCCACCAUGCUCGCUUCCCUCCAAGGCCGCUCCAGCCCGUCCAUCAACGGCGCACCACCUCCCCUAGGCUCUUCUUCCUCGCCACGAAUGACACAACCCCAAGCCCUCUCCAGCGGCAUGACCCCAGCCGUCAAUCAGAUUUCCUCGCAGUUCAAAGCGCGCCAUCCUCAAGCCAGUCCUGAACAGAUCACUCGCAUGACCACUGAUCAGCUCUACAAGAUGUCCAACGAAGCCCGGCAACAAGCCAUGCAAGCAGCAGCGGGCAACUCCAACGCCGCUGCCGUUGCCGCGAAUGCGAACAUGGGUCUUCAAGUACCAAGCUCAAUGCAGCAACAAGCGGCUAUGAUGACAAAUGGAGGCGGCGGUCCCAUGUUCAAUAUUGGAAAUUCACAACAAUACGCGCAGCUCAUGCGGCAGCAGCAGCAAAGUCAGCAGAGAGGGGCAGGUGGGCAGGGAAUGAAUGGUGGAAGUAGAAGUGCUACGCCGAUGGUGCAAAGGACAGGGAGCGCGCAAGGGGUGUCGAGGCCGAGUCAGAGCCCUUCUCGGCAGGUAGGGAUAGCCGGAGGCCAAUAG